UUUUAAAGGUGUCUGCCGCUGCUUCAGAGCCACCGUCUCUGCCUCUCUCUCUCUAGCGCUUUGAAAUCUCUCCAAGAUCAGUGGGAGGGAGAGAGUAAAGGACCUUAUCGUUAAUAUGGCAACGCCGGAAGUUCCACUCCGCUACGUCGGAGUCGAUCGGAGCUCUGCCGCCUUCCGCCUCAUGAAACAAAUGGGAUGGGAAGAAGGCGAAGGGCUUGGAAAAGAAAAGCAAGGAAUCAAAGGAUAUGUAAGGGUGAAGAACAAGCAGGAUACUUUAGGUAUAGGAACAGAUAUACCAAAUGCGUGGGCUUUUGACACCACUCAGUUUGACAGUAUCCUCAAGAAACUGAAAGUGCAAGUGAUUGAAAAAACAAAGGAUGAAGAUGAUGAGAUAGAUAGAAAUGAAGAUGCUGAAAAACCCAGCCCUUCUAAGGACAAAAAGGAGGCAGUUGCUAAGGUUACUCGACCUCAAGGGAGGUAUAAAAAAAGAGAAAAGGGAAAGACUGUUCGUGCAUAUUCCUCUCAAGAUCUUGAAGGAAUUCUUGUGAACAAGUCCAAGGCUACAGAGACCUGUAAUGCUCCAGAAGCAUCACAGGACGAAAAGUCAAUUGAAACCAGUCUUCCAGAUGAAGAAGGAAAAAAUCAAGAUGUUCCCAUAGAUUGGUGGGGCUUCAAACUUGGGUUUGUCGUUGGAGGUAUGCUUGGUGCUGAAUCUCGGAGAAAGAAGUCCCUUGAGAGGACCAUGUUCAAUGAGGAUGAUCAAGAAAAUCUUUACAACCUUGCUCAGGGCACAAAGACAUCUGGAAAACAAGGGCUUGGUAUCAAGGACCGUAAAAAGAAAAUUGCAGGCUGCUUCUUUGAAGGGAAAAAGACUACUUUCGGUGAUAGCGACGGGGAGGAUUCUUCUGAUUCACAUAGUGGAGUGCAAAGGAAACACGAAAAAUUGGAGGUGGAUGUGGAUCCUGCACCGAGGCCAAAACUGAAGAAACUGUGUAGACAGCUUCUUGGACAGGCACCUGGGGAGUCAUUGAAGCUGAAGCAGCUUAAAGUACUUGUUGAUGAACAUUCACCUUUGAUGUUUUCCAACUUAUCAAAAGAAGAGGCUCUUACAUUUUUAAUACAGAAGCUUGAAAACAGUGAUAGGUUUUCAGUGAAGGGGAAGAACGUCUUGCUGGUGAAAAGAACUUGAUAUAAUCUAUAUCACAUAACCAUAUUUGUCAACCAAGUACGGGGGUCGCAUAAUCCUGCGGGUUUUACUGUACGUCCACCACUGGAGAAGAGUCGAUAAGAAGAUAGGCCGUGUUAAAAAAAAGUCAAAGAGUUGUUUAUUUGAGUAAUUGAGUAACAGUGAAGGUGUAUUGCAUCAUAUAUUUAGUACUAUAGCAGAGGAAUUUGUCUCUGUUAUAAUUUUGCUUGAAACAAUUUUGUGUAGGACAACUUCCCAUUUUUGAUUAAUAGAAUAAUGUCGUAGUAACA